AUGACUGCUGAUGCGCCUGCCGAACGGUUUGGUCGCCCUCGAUGGCUGCUCCAUGUGCAGGCGCAAAUUUGGCGCUUCCUCAUGGGCAUCGGCAUGAUGCUGCACAAGCUCGCUAGACCGCUGCCGCCCUCACCCUCCUUCGUCCGAACCAUCGAAGCGACCGUCUCGCCGCUCAAAGGCCAAUUUAAAUUGCAUUUUUACGUUCCCAAGGACUACAACAAGAUCAAAAAGUUAAAGGGUGCAAAGAGAUAUCCAUGCCUCAUAAAUUUCCACGGAGGAGGAUUUGUGCUGGGUAGCGCCCUGGACGACGCUCGAUGGGCAGGAGUGGUCGUUGAACAAGUUGGCGCUAUCGUCGUCAGCGUCGAUUACCGCUGUGCGCCUGAGUUUCCGUUCCCUACGGCGGUUGAAGAUGGUGCCGACGCGGUGCUGUACCUGGCCCAGCAUGCCGACGAACUCUUGAUCGAUCCGAGUCGCUUUGCGAUAUCUGGCUUCUCAUCUGGAGGAAACAUGAGCUUCACAGUCCCCCUAUGUCUGCAGGGUGAAUUGCUAGAUCGCUCACCGUCUGGAGAGAAGAUAGAGAAUCCCGCGCGUAGAGGAAGCGUCCCAGCUAUCAAUAUUCUCGCUCCUCCACAACCAACAGUAUUGAAAGUGCCGCCUCAGGCCAACGCCUCCGGAUCGCGCGUCGCUCUCUCAAGAACUGUUACUGGAAACAGCCGGCUUGACCGAAUCGCAAUGCUCCGCACGACAGGACAAUCGGCUCUAUCACUCGUUUCCUCUUACAAAGAAGGCUCUGCCGUCGCCGUCGCAACGCAUGGUUCCAAAGCCGAAGCCAAAAUCCGCGGCAUCGUCUCCUUCUACCCACCCACCGACUACACGCAAACCCGCGCCCAGCGGCGCGCCACCUGUUCCCGCGCAGACCAACUCCUCCCCGCCGUCUUCACCGAGCUUUUCGACGACUCCUACCUGCAGCCCCCCGCGCUCGAUCUCGCGCACCCGUGGCUCAGCCCUGGCGUCGCACCUACAGACAUGCUUGCCGCGCUCCCCGACGACAUCGUUCUCUUCUGCUGCGAGUGGGACAUGCUUCUCCACGAGGGCGAGAAGUUCCGCGAUAGGCUGAAGACGGAUCUCGGCAAGCGUGUCCAUUAUCACUGCGUACCUGGCGUGCCGCACGGAUGGGACAAGGCGCCGAAUCCGCUGCGCGAGAGCCCUGGUGCGAGGGACCAGUACAAGGUUGCGUGCAAGGAGUUGAAGCGCAUGUUUGAUAUUGAGGAUGAUGUUGUGGAGGAGGGGUUGUGUGAAUGUCCGCAUGGAAGGGAUGAGGAGGCGAGUAUUGGCAUGGAGAGCGUGAAGGAGGUGCAGACGAGGGGAAGUACGAGAGAUGGGACCCAGUAG